AUGCCAACAGCUUUCGCAUUUUCCAGGCCUACUACGCCUCGUGCCUCUCCGUCCCUGCCUCCACCAUCUCCCUGGAUGGGCAGCGUCCAAGUCUUUCUAGUGUUUCUCAUCGGGUCGGUCUCGGGACGAGCCUUCGAAGUGGGCCGGGUGUACUAUGCAGCUGCUGGCUGUGUUUAUGACGAGCCUCUGCACGAGCUAUUGGCAGCUUGUUUCUGGCGCAAGAUUUUCGAUGCCAUGGAUGAAGCACGUUUGGAAGCCGCCUUGGGUCACAGGCAAGAACUCCAGAGGCGAUUUGAUCUGUUCAGCUUGAUCAGCAUUGGCAUUGUCAUUGCGAAUUCGUGGGCUUUGAGCGCAGGUACCAUCGUUGCAGCCCUUCAGAAUGGAGGUCCCAUGGCAAUCCUGUAUGGCCUGGUGCUUGUCAGUGUUUUCUACACGCUCAUAUCUGCAUCCCUGUCAGAACUUGCAUCAUCGAUGCCAUCAGCCGGAGGUGUUUACUAUUGGGCAUCAGUGUCUAGCCGCAGAUAUGGGCGGCCAGUGGGCUUUCUCACCGGAUACCUGAAUGCUUGCGCUUGGCUUCUAUCAGGAGCAUCGGUCAGCUCUUUGCUUGGAAACGAGGUCGUCUCUAUGUACAUGCUCCUCAAUCCGGGCGUGCAAUGGCAUCCCUGGCAGGUAUUCAUCGUCUUUCAAUUGCUGGCUUGGCUAUGCUGCGGGAUAGUCUGCUUCGGAAACAGAUUCAUCCCUGCAAUGAACCGGGUGGCGCUGGUGUUCUCAAUGAGUGGGUUAUUCGCUACCAUCAUGGUCCUCGUCAUCAUGCCAAAGAAACAUGCGAGUACUGUCGAGGUGUGGGAAACAUACUACAACAACACUGGGGGCUGGUCAGAUGGCAUCUGCUUCCUUACAGGCUUGAUCAACCCGGCAUUCUCAGUCGGGGUCCCGGACUGCAUCAGCCAUCUCUCAGAGGAAGUCGUUGAACCGGAGAUCAAAGUACCACAAGGAACGAUGUUGCAGAUGCUCACAGCAUUCGUGACCACGUUCCUGUACCUGAUCGCAUUAUUCUACUCGAUUCAAGACCUCGACGCUGUCUUCGAGUUUAACCUCACGUCUUUCCCUACCGCAGAGAUCUACAGACAAGCCACGGGAUCCAACGCAGGAGCCGUCGGAUUGAUUGCGGUCCUCUUCCUGGCCACAUUCCCAACGCUGAUCGGAGUCUACAUCACUGGUGGCCGCAUGUGGUGGAGUCUCGCUCGCGACAACGCUACCCCUUUCGCUUCGUACUUUAGCCAUGUGGACUCGAAAACCCGCUGCCCUCUCCGAGCAACCGUGGCUAUGGCGAGUAUGAUAAGCUGUCUGGGCUGUAUAUACAUAGGCAGCACAACCGCAUUCCAGGCCUUGCUAUCGUCUUUUAUCGUGCUCAGUACACUGUCCUAUCUAGGAGCCAUCUUGCCCCAUGUUCUCGCCCGCCGAAGGAAUAUCGUUCCUGGACCUUUCUACUUGGGCAGAAAGUUGGGCUUCGUGGUUAAUCUCGCAGCUGUGGUUUAUAUCCUUGUCACGGUUGUGUGCUUCUGUUUCCCGCUUGUGCUACCGGUCACGAUUGAAAACAUGAACUAUUCGAGCGUGAUCGCUGUAGGCCUGAUGGUCUUAAUAACAUCAUGGUGGUGUAUUCGUGGAAGGCACGAUUACAAAGGACCACAGUACAACGUCGGCGCCGCACAAACCAUUGCAAUUGACAUGCAAAGACAGAGGAAGAAACCGGCUGCGAGUUGA